GGAGAGCCACAAAGCAAGUCACCGCCUGUCAAGAAAGCUGUACUUGAAACGUUGAAUUCGAUCAAAUUAUACACACCCUUUAGUCCCCAUUCAAGUUUUAAUCCAUCGCUUCAUCCCUUUGCUUCUUUUUCAGUGCUUGGGAUCACAACUUGAGAAGAUUAAGUUUAAGUUUUUGAAGAAAAAAUAUAUAUAGAAAGAGAGAAAAAAAGAUUGUUUUGCUGUGAAGAUGGAGCAGAAAAGUGUGUUGUUAUCUGCUUUGGGUAUAGGUGUUGGUGUUGGUGUUGGUGUUGGGUUGGGAUUGGCUUCAGGGCAAAGCGUGAGUAAAUGGACUGCUUCAGGUUCCUCCAUGGAAGGUGUCACAGGUGAGCAGAUUGUUCAGGAGUUGAUGAGGCUGGUGGUUGAUGGCAAGCAGAGCGAGAUCACUUUUGAAGAAUUCCCUUAUUAUCUAAGUGAGAGAACUCGCAUGUUAUUGACAAGUGUUGCAUUUGUUCACUUAAAGGACUCUGAUAUUUCCAAGCACACCCGGAAUCUUUCACCGGCGAGUAGGACUAUUUUGCUUUCAGGACCAGCUGAACUUUAUCAGCAAACGCUUGCCAAGGCCUUAGCCCAUUUCUCUGAAGCAAAGCUGCUGUUGUUAGAUAUUCCUGAUUUUUCCUUAAAGAUGCAACACAAAUAUGGUUAUGGCAAAAAGGAAAAAACUUACAAAAGGUCCAUUUCAGAGAUAAUGAUAGAGCGAAUGUCCAGUUUUCUUGGAUGCUUUUCACCACUUUCUUCUAAGGAAGAAGCAAAGGCAACAUCGCAUGGGCAAAGCAGUGGCGUGGAGGGUUCAAGUAAUCCUCCACUUCCCAGAAAUGCCUCUGCUGCAUCCGACAAGAGUAGUGUCUCUUCUCUUUCGGCCGCAACAAAUGCCGCUUCCCACAAACGCUCAAGCAGCUGGUGUUUUGAUGAGAAAGUCUUUCUGCAAUCCUUGUACAAGGUAUUGAUUUCAAUGUCAAAAACCGGUCCAGUCGUUUUAUACCUCAGGGAUGUUGACAAGCUUCUCCUUCAGUCACAAAGAUUAUACAAUUUGUUUGAAAAUUUUUUCAAGAAAAUUUCGGGUUCAGUGGUGAUACUUGGUUCAAGGAUGCUGGAACAAGGAGAUGAUUGCAGAGAAGUGGAUGACAGACUCAGUAUGUUGUUCCCAUACAACAUUGAAAUCAAAGCCCCUGAAGAAGAAAACCAUCUAGUUAACUGGAAGGCCCAACUGGAAGAGGAAAUGAGGACCCUCAAGUAUCAAGAUAACAAGAACCACAUUGCUGAAGUUCUUGCAGCUAAUGAUCUUGAUUGUGAUGAUUUGGGCUCAAUCUGCCAAGCAGACACAGUUGUUCUCAGUAAUUACAUAGAAGAAAUUGUGGUAUCAGCAAUAUCUUAUCAUUUGAUGAAUGAUAAGCAUCCAGAGUACAGAAAUGGAAAGCUUGUUAUAUCAUCCCAGAGCUUGUCCCAUGGAUUGAACAUCUUUCAGGAAGGCAAAAGCUCUGGGAAAGAUACCCUCAAACUGGAGACAAAUGCUGACAGUUCCAAGGAAACUGAUGGGGGAGAGCCUGUAACUGCGAAGACAGAAUCAAAGGAAGUUUCUCCUGACAAUGAGUUUGAGAUAUGUAUAAGGCGAGAGGUGAUCCCUGCAAAUGAGAUUGGAGUGACUUUUGCUGAUAUCGGAGCCAAUGAUGAGGUUAAAGAAUCGUUAGAGGAGCUUGUUAUGUUCCCUCUGCAGAGACCAGACUUGUUCAAAGGAGGCCUUCUUAAGCCCUGCAGAGGUAUAUUACUUUUUGGGCCGCCAGGCACUGGGAAAACCAUGCUAGCAAAGGCAAUUGCAAAUAAAGCUGGGACAAGUUUCAUCAAUGUGUCAAUGUCAACCAUCACUUCGAAAUGGUUUGGGGAAGAUGAAAAGAAUGUUAGAGCAUUGUUCACUCUUGCAGCAAAAGUUUCCCCAACUAUCAUUUUUGUCGAUGAGGUUGAUAGCAUGCUUGGGCAGAGGACUACAGUUGGAGAGCAUGAGUCUAUGCGUAUGAUAAAGAAUGAAUUCAUGAUUCACUGGGACGGGUUGCUGACAAAGGAUAAUGGGAGAGUCCUUGUUCUUGCUGCAACCAACAGACCUUUUGACCUUGAUGAAGCCAUUAUCAGACGGUUUGAGCGCAAAAUCAUGGUUGGUCUGCCGUCUGUCAAAAACAGGGAAAUGAUCUUGAGAACUCUUCUGUCAAAGGAAAAGGCAGAAGAUCUCGACUUCAAGGAGCUUGCAGCUAUAACAGAAGGAUAUACUGGAAGUGAUCUCAAGAACUUAUGUGUGACAGCAGCAUACCGACCGGUUAGAGAAUUGAUACAGAAGGAGAGGAUGAAGGAUAUGGAAAGGAAGAAAAGAGAGGCAGCAGGAAAGAGCUCUGAAGGUGCCUCAGACACAAAAGAAGAAGGCAAAGAAGAAAGCAAAGAGGAGACAGUAAUUGAAUUGAGACCUUUGAACAUGGAAGAUCUAAGGCAAGCAAAGAACCAGGUUGCUGCAAGUUUUGCAUCCGAAGGAGCAGUAAUGAGCGAGCUGAGGCAGUGGAACGAGCUAUACGGUGAAGGAGGUUCGAGGAAGAAGCAGCAGCUAACUUACUUCCUUUAGAUGGUAGAAAGGAAGCAACUUCUCAAGUCUCCAAGCAUAUGGAAAUGCAACUUCUCCAGGCAUUCAAUGGCAGUGCCAUUUGCCAUAAACAGAAAUGCUGGCAGGCAAACAAUAUGUGGGUGCACAGCAGUAUUUGAAAUUGUCCCUGGAAUUACGAAAUGAUUAGGUAUAUUGAAUGUGAAUGUAUUGUGGUAAUUGGGAAUGCAUGGAACUUAAUACUGGAUUGUUCUGAUGAUGUUCUCAUGAAUAUUUGUAAAUUAGUAUUGUGCAAACUUGGUCUUCUGGGUGAAUGAUUGCAUAUGGAAAAUCCUGAGAUUUUAGGAACAGUAUAAUGUUAUAUGCAUAAGCAUUAUGUAAUGAUAAUAAACUGUCUAUGUGCUUGCCAUUA